AUGCAACCUCCACCCCUCUCAUCUCUCACAACCCUCCUCUCCACCUCCCAAACGCCCUCCUCAGCAAUAACCACCCAAAUCCUCCAUAACCUCCAACACCAACACCUCUGGACCUCGCUACAAACACACGAGCUCGCAACACCAUCGCCACAGCAAAAUGCUCUGCCCACUCCCAUGUUCCUGAUCUCCGGAAUUCCCCCGAAUCGCGUCUAUACGCACCCAGACGAGCAGCUGUUCCUACUCGAAAAGGGCCUGCGCGAGGAUGACGUCGCUGCUGAGCGUCUGUUUGUUCUCCCAGUUGCGCAGGGUCAGCCGUGGAGUUUACGGCGGAUGGCAGCUGUUUUUGAUGCGCUUCCCACCCCCACUAUCCCCGAAGGAAAUGAGGGGAAAGAUGCGCCUCAGCCGCAGAUGCGGGGUGAUAAAGACGGUGAUAACGAGGCUGCUUCUUCCCCGGAGAAAGAGAAGGAAAGGAGAUUGGCUGAGUAUUACGAGCGCAGAGGUGAGGCACUUCGUACUAAAGAAUGGGGAGGGAAGAGAUUGUUGCUGGCUAUGGUGGAUAAAGGGAUGGGUGGUGAUGGGACAGUGGUAUACUAUGUUGUUCAGGAGGGCGAUGUGAAGCCUAGGCAGAAUUGA